AGCAUUACAAGGAAGAAGAGACACGCCGGCCGGAUUUCUGUGUUGUGUGGGGCGGGCUAGCCUGUAAAUAAGUAUAGCUUUAUAAAAAUACGUCUGCAGUAGGAACAUCGGACACCACGGGAUACAGUUUUAGGUGUGUAGAACAGGUUAUCAAGAUACAAAGGGAAUACCUGACUAUGAAGGAUUACGAUAAUGCUGUUGCUUUUCUGGGUCAGUGGGGACGUUUCCAGCUGAUUUUUUUCUUCCUGCUCUGUUCUACCAUCGUGCCCAAUGGAUUCGGUGCUUUUACUCUUAUUUUCCUGACUGAUGUACCAAGUCACCAGUGCCUCGUGUCUGACACCAACAUCACAGAAGACUGGCAUAAAAGUAUCAUUCCAGUAAAGAUGGUGAAUGGGAAACCAGAGCUGAGCAGUUGCAGCAGAUACAGGCUGGAUGUGGUCAGAAAUCUCUCUGCUCUGGGAUACAUUCCUGGCAGGGAUGUGAACCUCACUGACCUGGAGCAAGAGAACUGUGUUGAUGGGUGGAGCUACAGCAAAGACAUUUACGAGUCUACCGUAGUGUCUGAGUUUGACUUGGUGUGCAGUGAUCAAUGGAAGCAGCCGUUCACCACCUUAAUUUUCUUUCUGGGAGUUGUUUUUGGAUCAUUCUUCUCUGGACAGCUGUCUGACAGAUAUGGAAGGAAACUUGUUCUUUUUGUAACCAUGGCAGUGCAAACAGUUUUUGUCUUUGUUCAAGCCUUUGCGACUUCGUGGGUUGUGUUCAUCAUCUUGCUCUUCAUCAAUGGUUUGGCACAGAUAAACUAUCUAGCUGCUUUAGUGCUGGGUGCUGAGGUUUUGACUGGAAAUGAACGUAUUUUUUUCUCAUCAUUGGGUUCAUGUUUAGCCUUUGCCAUUGGCUACAUGAUGCUCCCUCUCUUUGCUUACUUUUUAAGGGACUGGAAAUCGCUCCUGUAUGCUUUGUCUGUGCCUAGUGUGGUGUUUAUCCCCCUCUGGUGGUUCGUCCCAGAAUCUCCUCGGUGGUUGAUCUCUCAAGGAAGAGUGGAGGAGGCUGAGGCCAUAUUGAGAAAGGCCGCUAAGUGGAAUAAAGUUCAAGCUCCAAAUGCCAUCUUUGAAGACUGCAGUGUCACUAAGGCAGAGACACACUCGAAGGAACAGUACACGGUCUUGGACCUCCUGAGGCUGAGCAGCGUCAGAGUCACGACUCCCAUCGUCUGCUUGAUGUCGUUCAGUCUUUGUGCAGGAUACUUUGGCCUGUCCUUCAAUGUGGCCCAACUCAGUGCUGACCCCUACAUCAGCUGUUUUCUCGCCGCACUCGUGGAGAUUCCAGGCUACAUUUCCAGCUGGGUGGCUUUGCGAUACCUUCCACGACGACUGUCUUUAAUAGGUUGCUUCCUGCUUGGAGCAUUGCCACUGUUCUUUAUUCAACUGGUGCCGGAAAAUCUAUCAAAUCUGUCUCUUACACUGGAGUUGGUGGGCAAAUACGCAUUUACCACUGGUAUCUCCUUGAUAUUUGCCUACGUCGCGGAGCUAUACCCAACAGUGUUAAGGAACACAGCGACGGGGAUAUGCAUGGCUGUUUCCAGAAUUGGAAGUUGCGCUUCCCCUUUUGUGUUAAAUUUGCGUGUGUAUUUUACAUACCUGCCUUAUAUAAUUUUGGGAUCUCUGGCUGUGUUAUCUGCCUUUGCCACUCUGUUCCUUCCAGAGAGUUUUAAACAACCUCUACCUGAAACUAUCCAACAAGUGGAAGAAAGAGAGCGGAUGAAGUGUCCAUGCAAAAGUAGAAAUAAGACUCGACUACCAGUGAGACAACAGGACAGUCCACUGUGACUAAAUAACAACCUCCACAUUCACGAAGUUUGAGGCACCUUCCUGCUUAGCGUGUGAGGGAUUUGGGCUGUUGCACUGUCAAAUAAAGUUUAUGCUGUGGACUUUAGAACACAACUAUCUGUCCUUUCUGUGAGUCUGUAUGUCUACAGACUUUCCUAAGAGACUUGCCCAAAGUUCACUGCAAAAUUGGUGACGCAUGUGUGUGGUUGUCCUGCCCUUCAAAUAAUGUACACCUGGAUGGCAUAAGGAAGAAGUCCACCAGAAAGAAUAUCUGUAAGUGACAGCAUCUGAUGUGGCCGUUUAUGGCAUAUUUGUAUGCAAUAAUCUACAGGUGCUCACAGACUUGCUGAUUUUGGUAGUUUGCUGAAGUGUAUAAAAACUGUCGUGAACGAGGAGGAUUACCUAAACAGCUGAUCUAACUACAAGUGAGAGGAGAGUCCAAACUUCCCCUACCCCCUCUUUUUUCCUUUUAUUUUUUUAUGGCGGUGCAUUUCCAAGUAAAGUGUGUUAUCACAAUAGUAUGUCCCAUUCCUCUUUUCAUACCCGUCUGAACCCACAUGAAGGCGCACAGUCUAGCACUGCAGCUGUCUGUGAAGGUUUAGUGCUCGGACUGGAACUGGAACUGGCCCUGUGAUUAUCUUUCUUCUCUGCUGGAGGUGAGAUGGUGAUAGUGCCAUUGCUAUUGUUUACAAUUCUAUAUAUUAGAUUUUUUUUUUUUAAAUUUAAGUAUUAAAUUAUUUAAGAUAAACCUAUUUUCUUUUUUGUGCCAGAGAGGUUUAAUGUAAUCUAAUUUCAACAUUUGCAUAUCUAUUUGUGUUAUCUUGCAUUCCAAAAAUGAAUGUUUGUCGUGCAAAUCUCUCAUCGAAUAACCAUGUUGCAAAUGUUCUUAUUGCAUAAAUAAAACAUAUUAAUCCUUACAUAAAUAUA